AUGGCUAUAUUCCUCUCAAUCAAAGUUCAUUUCCAAGGUGUGUUCGUCAAUAAACCUUUUUGCUAUUCUGAUGGUGUUCAUCAUGUGUUCGAGAAUGUCGAUUUUGUUGGUAUGUCAUAUAAUGAGUUUGUGGAUUUUCUUACACGAUUCACACAAGAGAAGUGUGAAAAAGUUUAUUAUUGUCAACCUGAUUUACAAAUCCCAGAGGGUUUAAGCUUGAUUUCGAACGAAUGUCAAUAUCAAGAAUUUAUAGACAUUGCUUAUGAAUGUGGAGUACAAGUUCCUGUUUACAUGGACCAUUUUGGUACUACUGUGCAUGUAACGAAGGAAAAUGAAAAUGAAAAUGAGGAUAAUUGUUUUGUCAUGUCUAACAUGUCAAUAGAAGGGGAAGAAAGUAUUGACCUAAUUAAAAUUAAUAGUCCACAAGAAAUCAACAUGGAAGGAGUAACCUAUGAUGGAGUAAGUCAGGGUAAUGGAAAUGAGAAGGUCAUAGAAGGUGAUCCAAAAGAUGAUGAAGAUGAUAAUAUCCCAGAUGUUAAAGGAAAACUGAUGUUUAAUAAAGACAUACAUUGGAAGAAACAAUUGCCAAUUCUAGGUAUGAGGUUCACCAACCCUAAACAAAUAAAAUUUAUGAUUUGUAAUUAUGCUGUAGCAAAUGGGUAUCAAUUGUACUUUGAAAAAAAUGACAGUAAUAGGUUAUUGGUUAAGUGUAGUAAUGGUCAAUGCACAUUUAGGCUUUGGGCAUCAUGGAUGAGUGAGGAGCACCCUUUCCAAUCAAGUCCCUUAUCAUUGACCACAAUUGUGCAAAAAAUUUUAAAUUAG